UUUAACGGUACCUCAAGCAACAAAUCAAAUGCGUUCAACCAUGUCUACGUCAUAGUCUUUCACGCCAUGUGACCGCGGGGGUACCACAGACGGUUGGUGGAGUACCGGCGGUGUUGUUGCGGGAUGGCCGAGCAAGCGGCGACAGGACACGCAGGGGUUGUUCAGAGAAUGCUGUCUGCUGUCGGUGUUCACAGUCUGGUCAGCAGUGUGUGGGGCUACGUGGACACCACAAUAAAGUGGUGCUGGAUCCCCAGCUGGCUGCCGUCAUGGUGUCCCACCUCCCAGAUCCAGCUACAGACCGCAGAGGACAAGAUGCUACGAUGUGUAAACAGCACUUUCUCUAAACAGUCCGUCCCAGUCUCCAACGGAAACCAGCUUUGGACCCUGACCUUUAGCAGUGACCAUGUCAAAGACAAAACCCCCAUGGUUCUGCUCCAUGGGUUUGGAGGCGGCGUGGGCAUUUGGGCUCAGAACCUAGACGCCCUCUCGCAGCGUCGCCCCGUCUUUGCCCUGGACCUGCUGGGCUUCGGUCAGAGCAGCCGGCCUCUGUUCUCCACAGACGCUGAGGAGGCAGAGGACCAGUUUGUGGAGUCUUUAGAGCAGUGGAGGGCUAAAGUGGGUCUGGAGUCCAUGAUCCUGCUGGGCCACAACCUGGGAGGAUACCUGGCUGUUUCAUACUCUAUUAAAUACCCAGACAGAGUGAAGCACAUAAUGCUGGUGGAGCCCUGGGGAUUUCCUGAGCGCCCGGACUCAGCAGAGGCAGACCAGCCCAUCCCGGUAUGGAUCAAAGCCCUAGGGGCCAUGUUCAGUCCCUUCAACCCGCUGGCUGGCCUGAGACUGGUCGGCCCACUGGGCCCCACUUUGGUCCAGACUCUGAGACCUGACUUCAAGAGGAAGUUCUGCUCCAUGUUCAGUGACAAUACUGUGUCAGAGUACAUCUACCACCUGAACGUGCAAACCCCCAGUGGGGAAACAGCUUUUAAGAGUAUGACCGUUCCCUACGGCUGGGCAAAGAGGCCGAUGUUGCAGAGGAUGGACCAGCUUCAGCCUGAGAUCCCCAUCACCAUCUUCUACGGAUCCCGCUCCAGAAUAGACAGCAACUCAGGCAGCACCAUCAAAGAGAUGAGGCCACAGUCUCAUGUGGAGAUCAUAACGAUCCGAGGAGCCGGACACUACGUAUACGCUGACCAGCCAGAGGACUUCAACCACAGAGUUUUGCAAGUGUGUGAUAAAGUGGACUGAAGCAGAGACGAGCCUGGUUACUGAACUUUGGAGAAAAAGGGGAGCACCAACAACAGAUAUCACUUUAGUAGCACUUCCUCAAAGCAGGAAUAAGGAGUCAUUGUACAUAGAAUACAUUUACAAGGAGCAGUGAUCUGCGUUUGACGAAUGCGUCAUGACACGCUGAAGUUCCUGUCACCUGACCGCUGAUUUAGUGAUAUUCUCAGAAAUUUGGUGAAUACAGGCCCUGAGCUGACACCACUGAUCAAGUCCCCUUUUUAAUGUGAUUUACCAGCAUUCCGAUAAUUAUCAAAUAAUGCCCGUGGGCCAGCAUCACAUGCUUCUUUUACAUUACUCUGUGCGAGACACGCAUACAGUAGGUGGUGCUGCAGCCUCUUGAUCAAACGAUUGAUAGUGGAAGGAGGGCUUUUGAAAUUCAAAUAACUCUGCUGAACCCAAAACCACAAAGCCUCAGUGUUCCGGGAAUGAACGUUAUUGCCCAUAAGUGGCCUUUUAUAGCUCCUGUAGUCGUCUGAUCCAAACAUGAAAACAUCAUUUCACUCAUUUCACUUAUCAAAAAAGUGUAUUGUUAUAUUUUAAACUUUGUAUCCAUAUUUUUUGUUAAAAAAUACAAGACUCAAUAUUGUAGAGAGUAAUUUCUAAUAUUAUAUCAUGAUAUAUUUGGCCACGCCUUAAAUUGUAUGUAACAGAAUCAGUGUCAGUGCAUUGAAAAAGAACCCCCUCGAAAACGAGAUGGUCCAUCUCAAGGGGUUUUUAUCCUGGAAAUAAAUAAAUUUCUUACAAAAAGCUCAGUUACAGUGUCAUGUGAUAGGUAUUUCCUGUACAGCGCUCAACCUGUCGCUUGUGGUUUUCUCAUAGGAUCCUGAUACAGACAGGAGGCGUACUCUUUAGUACAUCACUGUGUCAGCACUAGGAAGCAGCUCUGGAUUUAUCUGCUGCCAAGAAUAAUUUAUUUUACAGCGCCCUGUGCUUGUUUUUGGCUUUUCUUUCUAUCUCAAAAGUUAAUUUAAUUCGUGUUAAUAGUGAAUGUGAGCUGUCUACAAAAAAACAUGUUAAACCAUUUGAAUGUGUAAUUGAAUUCUAAGUAGAAGCCUGUCAUACUCUAUAUUUAACUGUUUUAUAUACGUAGCAUUUAGGGGUUCCUUAGAUGUUCUGCUGACCAGUGCUGAUCCAAACAGUAUUAUUGUAACAAUGGCCACCUGCAUAUUAGCCUUUGGUUAUUUGUUUUUUUUCACAAACCCUCAAUAGUACUGUUCACACUUAAUAAUUUUUUCCAAAUAGAAAUUAAGCCUAAAAAAAUCAUUUAGAAGCAAGAUUUGAAAAGCAUCAAUUAAAGUGGAUUAGAUGGGCACCAAACCAGUCACUUUUUCUUUCUCUCUCCUCCGUCUUUAGAACAAGGUUCUGUCCAUAUUCAGCUCGAUGUUGUUGGUGUAUGUGCACAUACUUAGACAUGACAGCUCACUUGAGCCCGCAGCAGAAAGGUUUCACAGGGCACUUUUUAAGAUGACAGUUAAUGUCAUCUUUUCAACUUUAGAGCUAGACUCUGCCAUCAAAUAAAUAAAUAAAUAAAAAAUCUGUUUUAAAACAAAAAUAU